CACAAUGAUACCAACCACUGAAGUGCAAGGCAAUCUGGUGUCCUUUCUUCAGUACUUGAUGUUAUCAUAUUUUUCGAGUAACAGCAGCUACUGUACCGUGAUUUACUAUGAUCGACACAUAUCCGAUGCUCAGAAUGAAUGUGAUACGUACUGUUCCUUCAUGGUAGCGGUUGAGCUCGCACUGCUGCAAAAGGAUCAAGAACGAUUUGCAGUUAUGUGGAUUGCUGCCGAACAAGAUGUAGAAUCAUACCUCGAAGAUGCCAUCGAGCAUGGAUGCCAAUCGUACAUCGUAAUAACUCGAUAUGUAAUGAAUUAUCUUCAGUUGAAGCUUGAUAUAAAGGAAAGAACGUUGCAAAGGAUCCGUGACAGGAAUUUUCUGAUAUUUUACGAAAAUAGUACCAUGCUGGACAAAAGUUGGUUCACGAGAGAAGCAUUGAAAAUGUACCCGAAUCUUUGGUUCAUAGUUCCUUCCGGUAACAGCAACUACGAUUUGUACACGCAAAAUUAUUCGAUCAGUAACACAGCGGAGGUACAACUUGUAGAAAGCUACAACGUCAUCGAGAACAAAUUCGUCGGCGAUGGAAACGUAUUCUACGAUAAAAUGUUCGAUUUACAACGGAGAGAUGUAGCAAUGGGGGUCGCCGAUUAUGUGCCAUACUGUAUGACGUCCAACGUUGGAGAGAAUAAAGGAAACAUCGAUGCGUUCAAUUCGAGCUCCCCGAAGGAACUAUUUUUGGAAGGCAUUGAGGGUACCUUGAUAGUGGAGUUUUGCCGAAUUCGAAACUGCAACAUAAAGCUAUGGGAUUUUGGACCCAGUGGAUGGGGCGACAUAUACGAUAACGGAACCGGGUAUGGUGAAGUCUACUCCACCUAUUCGAAGCAGACUGAGUUUGCUACUUGUUGUGUUUAUUAUGAUUGGUACUUUCAUCUAAUGGACGGGAGCCAAUAUAUCUGUAAAUCAACUGUAAUAUUGCUGGUUCCAGGAGCAAAAUUGCGUCCGAUGUUUCUGACGCUAAUUUAUCCCUUCGCAAAAACAUUGUGGCUAUCAGUGGGUCUCAUGCUUGUGGUAAUGACAUUCGUUCAUCACAUGAUAACAAGUUUGAAUUUGAAACACAGCAUGGACAGGGAUUCUGCCCAGCCUCCGAUUGAAAAAUCAAUUUUCGAUAUGAUCUCCAUCUACUUAGAUCAAGGGAUAUUUCCAAACUCAAUUUCUUCGUCGUAUCGUGUUCUGAUAUCAUUCAUCCUUUUAUCUGGAGUCGUUUUGAGCAACUCGUAUGCCGGUGGAUUAGCCAGUGUUUUAACUGUACCGAGAUACGAAAAGUCGAUCGAAACCGUUCACGACUACGUUCUUUCACCGUACCGAUGGGCAGCGCCGGCAGUAGCAUGGAUUUUUGCCUUAUUCGGAGCGGAAUCGUAUGAUAUCCGCACUGUGGUGGAACGAUUCGAUGAGGUUCCCGAUGAGAACGAAAUGUUCCGACGAUCACUGCCCGGUGACUACGCUAUCGGUGUGGAGCUACUGAAUGGCGGAAACUUCGCGUACGGGAAAUCAGUUCGUGAUGAAAAUGUGGGUACCUUUGACAUCAUGAAAGAAAUAUUGUACUUUGCGUACACUAUUGGAUACUCCCAACGGGGUUGGCCAUUGAUGGAAUACUUCAACAAGUUCAAUCUGGAGGCAAUAUCGCACGGUUUUAUUAUAGUUUGGGAAAGACAGGCGAUCAGAAAGUAUACAAGCACUCGCAUGCAGCAAGCUUUGAUACAAAUCUCAGAAGGCCAUAAGGACGAGGAAGAGAAGAAACCACUUACGACGGAGCAUGUUCUAGGACCAAUGAUUGUAUUAAUGAUUGGACUGCUUGCUGCACUAACUAUUUUUCUGGGUGAAUUGGCUUGGCAUAAGUUAUCAAUUCGUAUACAAAAACGGCAAUCAAAAAUAUUCACGGAUAAAACUAUGUGAGCUUAGUAGAAGCUGUUAGUUUUUAAUGUUUAUGCAAUAGAGCUCGAAUGGAUUUGUCAUUACCAUUUCGGUAUUUUUUGACAUAAAAAAUGUUUAACUUUACUAUCUGGGACUGUAGAAAAAUAUGAAAAAUUUCCUACGUA